CGUUCGCAUGGGACACGUCAUUGACUAUAUAUAUAUAUAUAUAUUUUACCAUAAGAAAUGGAGUCAAGAGCGAGAUCAAGCUCUCUCACAUUCCUCCUUCUCGUCAUCUUCUUCAUCUUCAAUGAUUCUGUCUCUUCUUUAAAUCCAACCCCUUCCUUCCCAGAAAAAGCCUUGCCAACAAAAUCUGGCUACCUCCCUGUUAGCUCCACUUCCAAGUCCGCCAUUUUCUACGCUUUCUAUGAAGCCCAGAACCUCACUUCAUCUCUAUCUCAAACCCCACUUCUCGUCUGGCUCCAAGGCGGCCCUGGCUGCUCCUCCAUGAUCGGCAACUUCUUCGAGCUCGGACCAUGGCGAGUCACCAAAUCAUUGAACCUAAUCCCCAAUCCUGGUUCUUGGAACAGAAUUUUUGGCCUUCUUUUCCUUGAUAACCCAAUUGGAACAGGAUUCAGCAUCGCCUCAAAUCCUGAGGAAAUUCCCAGAGACCAAACAUCUGUAGCCAAACACCUCUUUGCUGCUAUAACCAAGUUCAUUCAACUGAACCCUGCUUUCAAGGAUCGCCCAAUCUAUAUAACCGGCGAAAGCUAUGCUGGGAAGUAUGUUCCUGCAAUUGGGCAUUACAUUUUACAAAGGAAUUCUCGUUUGAAUGCAUCCCAGCGGAUGAAUUUGGCAGGUAUGGCGAUUGGGGAUGGGCUGACUGAUCCAGUGACACAAGUUGCCACUCACGCUGUGCAUGCUUACUUCCUAGGGUUGAUCAACGAGAGGCAGAAGAGUGAAUUGGAGAAGCCUCAAUUUGAAGCCGUCAGAUUGAUCAAACUGGGGAACUGGAGUGCAGCAAGAGAUGCAAGAAACACUGUUUUCAGAUUGUUGCAGAACAUGACAGGGUUGGCUGCUUCGUUCGACUUCACCAAAAAAGCUCCUUAUGAGAGUGAUUUGGUCACCGAGUUCUUGAAAUCCAGCAAGGUGAAGAAGGCACUGGGGGUGAGUGAGUCUAUGGUUUUUGAAGGCUGUAGUGAUACUGCAAAAGCGGCAUUGCAUGAGGAUGUGAUGAAGAGUGUGAAGGACAUGGUGGAAUACUUGGUGAAGAAAACCAGAGUGCUUCUGUACCAAGGACAGCAUGAUCUGAGAGAUGGUGCGGUUCAAGUAGAAGCAUGGGUGAAGACAAUGAAAUGGGAAGGAAUUGAAAAGUAUAUGAAUGCAGAUAGGAAGAUAUGGAAAGUGAAUGGCGAGCUUGCAGGGUAUGUGCAGAAAUGGCAGGGCCUCACAAACGUUGUAGUUUUGGGAGCUGGUCAUUAUUUGCCUGCUGAUCAAUCUGUGAACUCUCAAGCGAUGAUUGAAAACUGGGUUUUACAGAAGGAUUUGUUUGAUAACUAGGAAAAGGAGAUCGUUUCACCAAGAUUUUGAGAUUUAGUUUCAAGUUAUGAAGCACCUGAAAAAGGAGCUGUCUUUAUAUCCUAAGGACUCUAACAUUUGAAAUAAAUUAGGCAUAAUGCUGUCCUGUAGCAUCGUACUAGUGUUGGUCUGAGUGCUUUCCCAUUGUUGUCCUUCCCUUGUAAAACAGUAAAACCAGUGAAAUUGAAUCAUAAGCAUGAAUACAUUCAAGAAUCAACUUUGCUACAACUACAUAGUUUCAAUCCUGGUUAGCACCCUAGAUAUAAAGCUGGAUGAAGGUUUUUCAUUUUCAAGGCAUGCCUAUGCAUGCAUGUACACCUGUAUUGCCGGGUUAAACUGUAUUGUCAUUUCUCAGUUCUGAGAUCCCAGAAGGGUGAUAGAAUGCGGACAGUUUUUUUUUUUUUUAAUAAAA